CAGUGUUCUAAUCUAGAUGUCUGAUCUGCCAAUCAGGCUAAAGUCGUGCUUAAAAUGACCCCGCCCCUUUUUGGGCGAUUUCAGUCAGGUUGAAAAUCGCCCCAGAAGUCUCCCAUAGACUCUCAUGUAAAAAAAUUUUUUUUAAAUAUCAGAGCUCUCAAUACAAUCUCUAUGGGUUCCGGGAGGGCUUGCACUUACGCGCUUUCGUCAUACGUAACGUAACCAUGAACAAGAAAAGAGCGGGUAGCAGCGUCAAUCAAUUCACAUACUGCUGUCAAGAUGGAUAGUGUUCAGUGCAACUCGAUUGUCUCUUUGAAAGAAGUUACUUUUAGUCAGCGAACGAAUCAAGAUAAAUUGAUAAAAAGCUACUGGAGUGUAUGCUAGCGGUCGUGAGGGAACAUAUUGUUGAGGAGGUGAAGUCGGCGAACUUCGUAGCCAUCCAAGCUGACGAGACCACGGAUGUUUCUACACAGACACAGCUGGUGCUUGUGCUGAGGUACAUCGAUCCCAACAAUAAAGUGCAGGAACGCUUUUUUGAGUUUCUUCCCAUCUCGGAAUCAACCUCAAUCUCAAUUGCCAUUGUGCUUUUGGAGAGACUGAACGGUCUUUUUGCCGACGACGAGAAAGUCAAACUUAUUGCGCAAGCUUACGAUGGAGCUAGUGUGAUGAGGGGAGAGAAGGCUGGUGUGCAGCAAAAGGUGCGUGAGCAUUUCAAGAAUGCCCAUUAUGUGCAUUGCUAUGCGCAUCAGCUGAAUUUGAUCAUGCAGCAAGCUACUUCUCGCAUCAAAACAGUUAAUAUUUUCUUUUCCGAUCUGAGCGGGAUUGCAACUUUUUUUUCCCGGUCACCCAAACGGACCAGCAUUCUUGACCAGACUGUUGCACGAAGACUGCCCAGAGCUUCAUCCACACGGUGGAACUUCAACAGCAGAGUCGUGAACACUGUCUAUGAGAAUCGAGACGACCUCAUACAAUGUUUUGAAGCCAUCAGGACGGGUUCAUUGGGUUCAUUUGACCAGCCCACCGUGAGAGAGGCAUCUGGCUACGUGAGGAUGCUACAUGAUGAAGAUUUCAUUUUUUUCCUGUGGCUUUUUCACAAAAUCAUGCCCCACGUUGAUACUCUGUAUCAGAAGCUCCAGAAGAAGGACAUCGAUGCUGUCUUCAUCAAACGUGCCCUCGACAGCUUCACAAACAGCGUGCAGGCCAUAAGGGACUCCUCUCAACAGCAGCUGCAAGUAGCAACAGGAGCCAGAAGACCCAGAACGUCUUUGAGAGAAGAGGAGAAACAGAGGCUGUCUGAAGAGGUCUGCGACACCAUCCUGGAAGCAAGGUUCUCUUUCACUGUCCACCUUGUGAGUGCUACUUUACUGCUAGCAGAUAUGUUUGAAAGGUACUGCCAUUCAUUUCCUGAUGAGGCUCUGAAUGCCGCUGUGAACGCAUACCCCAUGCUGAACAAGGCAAAGCUCAAGACAGAACUCUCUCUGAUCUAUGAGAAUCCUGAAUUCAAGGGCUGCUGUGGUGCACUGGCACUGUACCAGGUUCUCAUGAGCUACAACCUCCAGGAGACAUUCUCUGAGACUGUGACUCUGUUGAACAUUCUCAUAACUACUCCCAUGACAACAGCUGAAGCUGAGAGAUGUUUCUCAACUUUGACACGAGUUAAGACAUUCCUGCGAAAUUCAAUGGGCCAGGAACGUCUGAAUGCACUGGCCAUGCUUUCGAUGGAGAGGGAACUAGUCCUCAACAUGCCUGAUUUCAAUGAGAAAGUCAUUGACCGCUUUGCUGCAUUGAAAGAGAGAAGAGCACAGUUUCAGUACAAAUAAUGUAGCCUCUCUCCCUGUCUGUCUCUUUAACACACACACACACACACACACACACACACACACACACACACACACCAAAUCAGUUCACAGUUGAUGUUGUUUUAAAUGGUUAUUUUUCAUUCAUUCAAAAAAAGUAAAAAAAAAAAAUAAAAAUCUGUUCAUGUUCAUUUUUACAAAUCUAUACAAUUAGCCAGAAUAUGGUUGUUUAUAUUUACAAAUCCAUACAAAUGCUGUGUUUACCUUUUCUAGAAAUUAUUUUAAAAUGCUGUUUUCAGGCAAAAUGUCUCUGUUGACUGUUCAUGUUCAUUUUCACAAAUCUAUACAAGAGGACAGAAUAUGGAAGUCUAUACAAAUUGCUUAUUACCAAUAACUUGCAUCAAUAUUUUCAGUAGCCUCUAUCAAAAGCCCCUGCUCUCUUGUUGUGAAUUAUGCUCUGGUGCACAUAUUUCCAAUUCAACCAUGAGGCAUUUUUGAAGUAAGUAAUUAAUGUGUAUAUCAGAAUUCUUUAGUUAAACUUGGCAGCACCUCAUCAUUCUGGUUUGGUCUUCAAUGUGUAAAGCCAAGAUGCACAGACCACACUAGGUCAAGCCUCACUUGUUCAUUCACUUAUUUAGGACAAUGUUACUUUGCUUUUAUUAAGUAGCACAUUGAUGAUAUCCUACAUUCCAGAAAAUGUAGUUCUAAAGAUCCACUUCUCUCAACAAUUUGUCUACUUGUAUUUUCAGCUAAUAUUUCAUUGUUUAUGGAAAUGCAGAUUGUUUAUACAGUGUUGAGGAAUGUGAAAGAACACCCAUGAUCAUUUGUACUGUGAUAACUUAUUUUGCUUUUGUAAGCCAAUACUUUUGAGAUCAGUCAAUAAAUGCUUCUGGUAUGGACUUAUAUGCUGCCCCUGUCUUUAUGUUGUUGCUGGACAUAUCUUUUUAAAAAUGUGUCCUGUUUAGCAAUUUUACAUCACACAACAUUGGAUUAAUGUAAGUAAUGAAUAAGUGGAAUAAUUAAUUGCGGAGCCAUGACAUUUUUGCUUAUGAAGGCUCCUAGAUGCUAAUUUCUUAUAUCGCUUUCCACCUGUAACUUAUGUAGCUAGAGGGGAAAUCGGUACCCAUUGAAUGGAUCACCUUAAUCAUUAUCAGAGAAAUUGCCCCCCCUGAGAAUUUUUUCAGGAGCCGCCACUGUUUAGAGGUAAUUUAAAACAUGAUUUUGUCCUCUAUUUUUAGUAAGCAUGUUAAAAACAACUAAAAAGAGCUAAUGAUUUUAGUUGUAAUAAUCACAGAAUAGCCGAAUAAUCAUUCUAAUAAUCAUUAGACAAAAUCGAUUAUCAAAAUAAUCGUUAUUUGCAGCCCUAAUCUACACCCACUCAGACUCUACCCCAGAUUUGAUACUCUCUCACACACAAUCAUUUUUUUCAUUUCUGUUAUAAUAAAGCAAUAAGAUACA